GACCGUUCCCCUUACCUAACGAAAAACACCAAUGGGAGACUUCCGCAAUCGGCUGGGCGGCGCCGUCCCGCCUCCCGUCCAAUGAAUGGGCUGCCGGCUGCGGCUUUACGCUAAAAUUCAGCGACACCCCCCCCCCAAGAAUAGCGACAGGCUAAUCGGGGCCGUCUUUCGUGCGCAGAGGCGGGACUCCUCCACGACAGCCAAUCGGCGCGGCCGCUCCGCCGGGGCGUCUCCUCCGCGGCCGGUGGGCGGUGCUAUCGCCGGCGGGCCCCGGAAGUCGCUGGAGGCGGCGACCGCGGCGCGGCCGGUCGGCCAGGUGGGGGGGUGGCUGCUCGCCCUGAGCGGCGUGGGGGGGGGGGCGGCGGCGGCGGCGGCCGCCGAGGCGCCGGCCUGGAAGCUGGCCCUUCUGGAGCGGAAGCGGGCCAAGCUGGCGGCCGGCAUGGGCCUGGAGCCCGGCUGGGGCUCCGCUCCGCGACCCGGCCAGGGCUCCGACGGGCGCGAGGCGGGGACGGUGGUGGCCGAGAGCCUGGGCCCGCUGCGGGGGAACCCCUUCAUGCGCCUGGAGAGCGAGCGGCGGCGGCGGCGGGGGGGGGGCUCCUGCGAGUUCCCGGGGCCGGCUUCCACCCCGUCGCCGCCCGCCGAGUCCCCGGCCCUGGCGCAGCUGCUGCAGCUCUACGGAGCCAUGCCCGGCAUCCGCACCAUCCGCGCAGGCAACAUCCUCAUCAUCGAGUCCAGCGACCCGGCGCAGCCCGCGCAAGGCAGCGCCCCCGGCCGUCAGAGCCCCCUGCGGGAUCUGCUCGCCCGCCGCGGCCCUCCUGUCGCCGAGAUCCGCGCGGCCCAAGUCGUCGUCUAUGAGCCCGGACCGCCGCCGCUCUCCACUGGCCCCGAUGCCGGUCUGGUCAGCCGGCUGCUGCAGAAGUUCGACCGGCCGGGGCAAGGGAAAGGGCGGGGCGGCGACGGCCCUGUCCUGAAGGUGCCUCCGCCGCCCAGCCCACCUUCCACCCGCCCGCCCGGUGCUCAGGGCGGCGGCGGUGGUGUUUUCUUGCAGAAGAUCGGCUCCAACUCCUUUGUGGUGAAUCCGAGGGGACACCGCCCCGACAUCGCGGCUGCCUCUGCGCUCAAUAACGGGCGUGCGACAGUAGAGGAGGGCACUCCGCCUCCUCCCAGCAGUCCCGGCCAGUGCGGCAUGGCAGCCAUCUCCAAAGCCGUGCCAUCCUCCCGGAGCCCAGCGCCUUCGUCUCUGCCACCAGCUGAGGCGGGAAAGCCAAAGUCCAAGGCUGUUGCUGCCCUUGAGACCUCGCCACAGCCGCCCCCACCAUCCAGUGCCAUGCCGGCCGGCCGAGCCUCAGACAGUCCACCGUGGCCCAGCCCGCUCUUCAGCUCCAGCUGCUCCUUUGAGAUCCGCCCAGCCCUGAAGCCCAAUCUUGCCACCAUCCCUGCUCACGACCUCCAGGCGCGCGCCUUGGCCAGCCUGCGGCUCAAUUCCCGCAACUCCUUCCUCUUUGUGCCCCAUCGGAAAGAGGCGCCCCCUGACCUUCCUCAGCCUGCAGAGGCCCUUCCCGCUGCCCCUGAGGAGAAGUCGGUCAAGCCUCUGGUGCCCGUGACUUACAUAGAUGAGGACUUGGUAGCAGCCAUGCCGCCCUUGAAAGUCUUGAGCCCCAGACUGGAGGGUUUCCAGGUGCCUCGAGAAGGUGCCUUGGCUCUGGAGACUGAAGACCCUGCUUUGCCCACUUGCAGGCCCCUUUCCGCUGGCUCCGUUACUCGCACCUUCACCGUAGUGCCCAAAAGGAAGCCUCCCACAGCCGGCCUGGAGCCCUUCAGCAGAGCCUGGCUGCAGGAGGAGGAGAAAGAGGACAAAAGCCAAAGGGAAGCCCAGAUGGGAGCCCCCCUGCAGGAAUCGGGUCGUGUCAAAAAACGCUACCCCACCGUCAGUGAGAUUGAAGUGAUUGGCGGCUACCUUUCUCUCAAUAAGUCCUGCAUGAGCAAAUCGGGCAUUCGGCGCAAAAAGAUGAAAAUAUCUUUCAAUGAGACCAGCUUGCAAACCAUGUUUGAAUAUCCAUCUGAGAGCUCCUUAGUGGAGGAGGAGGAGGAAGGAGAAUACGCCACAGAAGUACAUGGGAAGCCUGCCUUUCUCACUCCUCAUCCAAACAGUAGUGUCAACUCAAACCCAGUCAACUCAGGUUUGGCAGGUUACACUCCAAGGCACUCCCUAGGCUUCAACAAGUGGCAGGACCACCAGCACCAGAAGCUGCCUUCAAGCAUCGGAGCCCUUCCACAGGAGGCGGACCAGCAGGUCAUGCUCACCCCUUCUGAAAAGAGCCACCUGUCUGACUUCAGCAGCGAACCUGCCCUCUACUUCUGAGUCCUGAGCGCCACUGAAGAAAGAUAUUCUUGGCACCUUUGACGCACCAAGGUACCUGGAGAGACAAAGGUGGCACGCGAAGCCAAACUUCUCUUCCCUCCUCAGGGCCUCACGUUCAAAUGCACCUCUUGUUUCAGUAGCUUGGGUUUUUUUACCUGCAGCCUUCCUGUUCUGAGAAAAAAAAAACACCUGAGGUGGCCAGAUGCUGAACAGGCCGCCAAAUACUCAGACUGCUGUUGAGCCUGAGCUGCUCCCUCCAGCCAGAUGUGCGCAAGAAGGCUCAGUGAUGAGCUGGUGCCCAACAAACAAGCAAACUAACCUACUGGAAAAUAUUGUCUCGGAACUCACUGUGGGGAAAUCAUGCUCCGAACACUUAGAAGCGGCCAUUGAGUUUUUCAGCUGGGCAAAUAAUGACAAAUACUGUUGCCUUUAACAAACUUAACUGUACCAGUGGACUCUGUUACUUCAAAGAAAAAGGGCUAGUGGCAAAUAUGCGUCCUAAUCUGAUACUUGUAUUUCUGUGACCAAAUCAUGCAGAAGCUCAGCCGUGCAGCGGUCUCUUAGAUGCCUCCUGUGGCAACUGGAAUCCUUUAGAAAGUUGGCAAUUUGUGAUCCUUAAUAGUCUUUUUUGAGCCUCACACAUUUUCCUUGCCAGAUCCAAAACGUUGGUAACGUUUCCUGUUUGAAUGAAACUCUAGGUCAGGCAGCCAAUCCUUCACUUGCAGUGCCACUAAGUGCUGCUUCACUGCUGGGGGCUCUUCCCCUGCUCAGCUCUUAGAGCCCAGUUUUUCAGCACUGACUCAGCUCAAGUCUGAAUCUUGGGAGAAGGGAUGGAGACUCCUGGCUCUCUGAUCCUUCCUCUCCAAAGCACACCGAUAACCUUUUGCUGUCCUAUUUUCCAGAAAGCAGCUGAUCCGAUCAUCUGAAGGAGGAUUAUUCUGAUUAAUUGGCUAGCACUGCAUUCAGGUUCUGGAAACCAGAGUAAAACACUGUCAUUAGCAUUUCAGUAACACUCCAGGCAAGAGCAGAAUGUUGUUGCGUGUUUAUGUACGGGGCUCAGCCACACGUAGCCGCCUGUGAAAGGACCAAGUCUUAAACCUCCCGGAGAGUCGGUGUGUGUCUUCUUUCUGUUUAGUAUCUUAAAUCAAAACAAGUUAAUUGACUCUUGUAUAUUUUGCACUUAAUUGUUUAUUAAUGGAGGAAACUGGGGCUUUGAUCUUACACUCCACUGGAUCUAGCUGGAGAAAUGAAACUGCUGUACAUGUUCCUUUUCUGCCUUUGAAUGGUGUCACUUUGGGCUUCCCAGGUUCAUUAAACCACACAAGUAAUUUCUU